CAGGACCGUGAUGUUACAGGAACACCGGUGUUUUGUACUUGGAAGGGUCGGCCCCCGUGUGAGGCGAGGAAGCUUUAAGUGGCCUCAGUGACUCCACUAAUUUAAUUAGAGCUGCUCCGGCCCCUGAUGUCCUGGGUGGCAUCCCUUCUGCUGUCACAGGCAGAGUUGUGUCCAUCUGGAAUUCCUUUAGUCCCUGCAGAUGGCUUGUAGGUUCUUACCCACUCUCCCCUGCCCCCUGACCCCCCGCAGAAGCCCCCUGUGUAGGGGCAAGGCUGUCUCUGGGGAGGGUGGUGUUCCUGAAGCUGGAUGGGGAGAGAUCAGUCCUGACGGUCAGUCCCAGUCACACCCUGGCCUCCUCCUUGGGGUUGGCUGGAAGGAUCCCGGCCAGGGCUCAGGCCAGGAGGGCAUCUACUGCCCCAGCACAGCCCCCGAGACUCUCCUGGGCUGGGCUUCCCCAGCAGGUGCUCACUGAAUCUCUGGGCUGCAGAGAAGGAAGCUGCCCCACUGGGGACGGGGGCAGCCCCGCAGAGACCUCCCCUGCCUAGUCGUGACCCUGGUGUCUGGGAAGGGGUGCAUGUGAGACAGGUGGACAAAGGGACGCCUGUGUGGUCCCAGAUGGACGGCCUGUCAGAGCCGCUCAGCAGAAGACUGCAGGGCUCCGGACGGAGGGGCCGGGACCCCCAGGGCAGCCCACCCCUCCCUGCGUUGGUCCUCGCUGCAGCCACACGCCCGGGGAGACGGGAGGGGCGCCUUGGAGGGUGCGGAUCACAGGAUGAAACUGCAGCAGGAAUGCGCGUGAUGCUGGGGCCGACUGGUGUCUUUCCCCUGGGAGCGGCGGCCGCGGCUCAGGAGUGAUCACCAUCCUCACUGAAGCCCCUGGGAGGAUGUGCUCCUGAGUCGUGCGCAGCUUCUUCGCGGCCCUGCAGAUGUGGGACUGCGUAGGAUGGCCACGGGCAGGUCACUUUGCCCUCUGAGCCUUAGGGUCACCACACGCACAGCAGGGGCGGGAGCGUCCUUGUCUCGGCCCUGUGGGGAAGCAGUGAGGUGGUCGACACAGCCCAGCUCUGCCUGGCGGGUGGCGGGUGCUCGGGGGCAGCGACUGUCCUUCGCGGUGCAGGCGGUCAGUCUGUGCCCCUAGGAGAUGGACAUUGUCCAGUCGUGUUCCCCCCACCCCCCAAUGCCGUGCAUGGGGGGCCUGAGCAGGGUCUGCUGAGCAUCGGUGCCGGGCUGGCUGCUUCGAUCCUGCACUUGCCUCCCCCGACGGAAGUCCUGAGAACGAAGGCCUCUCUGCUGCGUCCUCACGGCCUCCGGGCGGACGGGAGCCUUAGUCACUGCUCACUGCCUCACCUCUUUCCAAAGGAGUUUGGUUGAAAUAAGCAGUCUUGUCAUAAUACCUGAAGAAGUGUCGGGAAGGUGCCCUUGCUGGGGUUUCUGGUCCGCAGGCCCCAGGCCCCGUGCGGAGCCCGACGGGGAUGGACCGGCUCAGAUGCGCACCUGCCCGCCAGCUCUGGACGCUGCAGCCCUUGUCUCUGAGGCUCCUCGCCCUGCAGUGAAAUGUCAGGCCUUGGAGGACCGGGGAAUCGUGGAGCUGCUCUUGACCUCAGACAACAAGGACGGCCUGAGCAAGGGGAUUGUGGAUGGAGCGCUGGCCACCAUCAACUUACAGUCACAAAACGAGCUGCAGUUUUUAACCACCUUUCUGCUGAGUGUCCAGGGCGUCCAGCCCAGGAUGGUGAUGGAGUGCUGGACGGGCUGGUUUGACUUGUGGGGCGGCCCCCACAGCAUCCUGGAUUCCUCAGAAAUUCUGGAAACCGUGUCCGCCAUCGUCGACUCCGGCUCAUCCAUCAACCUGUACAUGUUCCACGGUGGCACCAACUUUGGCUUCAUCAGUGGAGCCGUGCACCUCCAGGACUACAAGUCCGAUGUCACCAGCUACGACUAUGACGCGGUGCUGACGGAGGCCGGGGAUUACACGGCCAAGUACACGGGGCUCCGGGAGUUCUUCGGCUCCAUCUCAGGGGCCCCUCUUCCUGCCCCACCUGACCUUCUUCCCAAGACGGCGUAUGAGCCAGUGAUGCCAGCUUUGUACCUGUCCCUGUGGGACGCCCUGCCCUACCUGGAGGAGCCGGUCACCUUGGAGAAGCCGCUCAACAUGGAGAACCUCCCGAUAAAUGGGGGGAACGGGCAGUCUUUUGGGUACACGCUGUACGAGACCACCAUCACCUCUUCUGGCAUCCUCAGUGCCUGUGUGCGGGACCGGGGACAGGUGUUUGUGAACACCGUCUCCAUAGGGUUCCUGGACUAUAAGAGGAAGAAGAUUGUCAUCCCCUUGGUCCAGCAGGGGUUCACGGUGCUGAGGAUCUUGGUGGAGAAUUGCGGGCGAGUCAACUACGGGACUAAUAUCGACGACCAGCGCAAAGGUUUAAUCGGAAAUAUCUAUCUGAAUGAUUCUCCCCUGAAAAAGUUCAAAAUCUACAGCCUGGAUAUGAAGAAGAGCUUCUUUCAGAGGUUCCACGCAGACAAGUGGAACCCUCUCCCGGACGUGCCCGUGCUCCCUGCUUUCUUCCUGGGGCCGCUGUUGGUCUCCUUCUCCCCCCGUGACACCUUUGUGAAGCUGGAGGGCUGGGAGAAGGGGGUUGUAUUCAUCAACGGCCAAAACCUUGGGCGCUACUGGAACAUCGGGCCCCAGGAGACCCUCUACCUCCCAGGUGCCUGGUUGGACCAAGGCCUCAACCAGCUCCGAGACAGACUGGCCGUCUCCCCAGGUCAUUGUCUUCGAGGAGAAGAUGGCGGGUCCGGUGGUACAGUUCACGGAAACACCCUACCUGGGCCGGCGCCAGUACAUGAACUGAGCGGCCCCCAGGCCUCCCGGCGGGGCGGCAGCAGGCGCUCCCUACUGACCGCGGGCCGGCCUGCUGCUGCCCCCUCUGUCCCUCCCCUCGGGAGCCAGGCCUUGGCCCUGCCCACGGCUGCAGUUCAGACCCUCCCCUGCAGAACCGGAGAAGCGAGAUGGGGGCAAGGGAGGGCCCCUCUCUGAAGAGCUUCCCGGCUCUGUGGCUGGUGCCGUCCGACUUCGCUGCUCCCGCGGGCGGGAUGGAGGGUCUGGCUGGGACUGUCCCCCGUGGGGUGAGUGGGGCACAGCUCCUGGACAGUCUGCUCCUCUGAGUGUCCCUGUGGGCCCUGUUCCUGAGCUGGGGGGCGCGUCACCAUUUGUGGAGGGUGGGGGCACCUGGGCCAGCCUUCUCCGCCAUCCAGGGAGGAAGUCGGUCCGGUGGAGGGACCCCGGCCCCCUUCCACCCCACUCGGAUCGCCUCUGACGGUCAGGAACGCUGGGCCUUACCUCCCAAGACAGCGUGUUUCCCUCUCAUUCCGCGAGGGGCAGCGUCAGCCCAGGAGGAGAGGCAGCUGCUCCCGAGGGUCCAGGAGGCCACGGGCAGAAGGUGUGGCCGCAGGGGCCUGGGCAGGAGUGUUGGGGUCCUGGGGCCCCCACCCUGGGCCAGGCGGCGGGGGAGGGGCAGCCUUCCUUCCAGUUGUCCGUCCAGACCCCGGACAAGCCCCCCCGGGAUGAGCCCCGGGUUUGGGCUCAGGUUCGCUGCCUUGAGUUGCGGUAAAGCCACAGAGUUGCAUCCGA